AUGGGCAAAGAGAAGCAUCAUUUUUCUCGCCUUCCAUGGAGAAAAUCUGAGCCAGCAACGGAUGAGGAUGAGGCAUGGAUCCGAAAGAAAGCAGGGGCUCAUCACCCAGCCUUCAGGACGCCGGCCGAUUACGAUCGAAGCGAAAAGCGGUACAUCUCCGAUGAGGAGCAGGCGAUUGAGUAUCUGGAAAACCUUCUCCGCAAGCACGACGACAGCCAACCCGGGGAGCCAAAAUUCUACCAAUGCUCCUGGGAGGUGGUCAUCCAAUCGCUUACUCAAGCCCAAGACGCUUAUGCCAAAAAUACUGGUUGCGGGCAACGGACCGGGAUGGCGUUGGACGUGACCCUAUCAGCAUUCGAAGCCUUGCCAGCUGAGUUCGGACUGGGUACAGUCAAGGGCAUCCUGGGCUUAAUGUUUCGAGUUGCACUACAGGGGAUUGAGAACAGAGCUAAAAUCUUAGACGCAUUCUCCUCGAUACCCAAUACGAUCGUCACCAUUAAUGUCGCCUGCACUGUUCUACGACCGAGCCAGGGAGACCUCGAUCUGAGAGAAGAGUUUUACAGGACUUUAAUCAAGGGAAUGCCACUGCUGGUCGACGUGCUACUGCGAGCAGCGCCUUGGUAUCGCAAACUGAAAGAGAUUCUGCUAUUUCGGAUUCCCGAAACCGUUGCGGUGGACGAGGUCCUGUCAGAAUGGAAGGGCAUAAUUGACUCCUUCAAUCAGCGCAUGCAGCGCAUGAGGGAUAGAAUGCUCGGCACGCUGCAUCAACAGGGGGUUGAUCUCCAGAACCAGGCCGACAAACACUUUUCCGCUACGGAAAACCAUUUCAGAGGACUGCGCGAGGAGAAUUCCACAACUCAUGACAUGAUGCGGGAUCUUCAGUUAAUGAUGACUGUCAUCAUGUACAAUCAGAAGCAGCUCUCGAAGCAAAAAGCGCAAGAGGCAAGCACAUGGCAUCACGGGCUCAAGUCGGGAGCAGAUGCCACGACUCUCCUCUACCAAGAGUUGCAAGCCAUCAGACGCCAAGGAGAAAUCCAGCAGGAGGAGAAUUCUCGUCUCAGGCGUGAAAAUGUGGCCCUUCGCGAGGAAGCUGCGCUCAGGGCAGAAACAGAGUCGUCGUGGAAGCCAACCCAUCCGUCGAUGGCAGCAUUAAGUGAGCUGGAGCUUCUGGGAGUCAUCGGCGUACCAUCCAAUGCCGCUUGGAGGGAUCUAGACAUCGUACUGAGCCAAAGUUCAUCUUUUGGCUCGCAAAUGCUCGGCAAGGCCCAGCGGCUGAUCAGGACAAGGGCGUUCCGGGACUGGUUCAAUCAGUCGGAGUCGUCAAUCCUUCUCGUCGAGGGCUAUCUGGACAUUAGCCCCGCGGCGAGCAUCACGCCCAUAUCAAUCCUCGACGCCACCUUGAUCUCGAGUCUUCUCGACAGCUCAAACACGCUGGUGCUCUUUGCGUUUGCGGGUCUUCACCGGGAAUAUGAGAAGCCCGAGGUGAUGAAUGGACCGGGUGGGCUACUCCGAAGCCUCAUUAUGCAGCUCUUAACGAGUGACAAGUUCCCUCUGUCCAACCUUGAGUUUCUUACACCUGAGCGAAUUGCCGCUUGUCAGAAAGGGGAUAUUGUAGCCCUGUGUGCACUGUUCGAGAGACUUCUACUGCAGGUACCACCAUCCUUACAAGUAUACUGUAUACUGGAUGGGUUGGGCUGGUAUGAAAGAAAUCCCUGGGGUCAGGAUCUGCUUUACGUGAUCAGCAUGUUUGAGGAACUAGCACAAUGGGACUUCCCCCAGACAGCCGUGAUAAAGCCUAUGAUUAGCUUUCCUCACCACAGCCUCCUCGUCGCCGACGCAGUUCAGAUACCAGUCCUCUGGAGUAGAAGGUACUGGGAUUAG